UACGAUUCGGUCCGCCUGCCAGCCUAGCCCUCGUUAACUCUCCACCCAGUCGAUGCCCCAGGUUCCGCCCACGGGUCACGAACUCCAUUUCUCCUUUUCCAAGUCCGAAGACGAGCAACUCCCAGAAAGAGUAAAGGGUGGAAUUUGAAUCGGUUUCACCUCCCCGAUAGAAUCAAAGGAGGAGGAAGAAAUAGGAAGGCAUUCGAGAAGGAGACGGAGAGGAAACUUGCGGGAAGGGGACGGAGGAGAAGGCUGAGAGAUCUGUUAAGAGCCGGAUCUAGAUCCGGCAAUCCAUAGGGAAAACGAUGGGGGAUUUCAACUUGGCGCUGGUGAUUGUAGCGGUGGUGGUAUGCGUCCUUGUUUUACUCUUCAAUGUCUAUUUGCUGGUGAACUACCAGCACCCUGACGACAAGAACCAAGCCUAUUUCCCGAAACUCGUUGUCGUCAUCGGUCUCUCCAUCGCCGUCAUCUCGAUAUUGAUGCUUCCGGGCGAUGUUGCCAACCGGCAAGCCUGCCGCCAUGCCAUUUAUAACGGCGCUUGCAAUCUCACGCUUCCGAUGAAGACGCUGUGGCUCGUCGUGUACAUCACUGACGCCGUUCUCGUCUUCUUCUUCAUCCCCUUUGCUAUGUUCUACUACGAGGGGGACAUGGACAAGAGCGUGGGGAAAAGGCUGUUGAGUGCGAUGUUGUGGGUUGCUGUCUCCGUUGUUGUCUGCGCGCUUGCGCUUGGGAUACUUUACGGGCUAGUAGGCAAAGUUGACUUCAAUGUUAGGCACCUUUCUUCUGCUUCAACAAAUUUUCCAACUUCUUGGACUGAGUUCUCCCGCAGCCAACCUUGUAUUGGUUCAGCAGCUCAUCAGUGUGCUGCAUACCUGGCUAGUGCUUCUUCAGAAUCAACAUGGACAAUGCGAGCUAGCUUUCCAGAAUAUGUGGUUGCUCUUGCAACUAUUGUUGGAUCUGUUCUUUUCACGAUAUUUGGUGGUGUCGGGAUUGCUAGCCUUCCACUAGGCCUUAUAUUUUCAUUUAUCAGGCGUCCCAAAGCAGUUAUCACUCGUUCACAAUACAUCAAGGAGGCAACUGAAUUAGGUAAGAAGGCUAGAGAACUGAAGAAAGCAGCUGAGGCUCUUCGCGAGGAAGAGAGAAGUGGAUCCAAGGGAAGAAAAUGGCGCAAGAAUGUUAAGGCUGUUGAGAAGGAGUUGCUUGUGUUGGAGGAUGAUAUGAAAACGUUAGAGGAGAUGUAUCCUCAGGGAGAAAGGGCAGAGACUGCUUGGGCAAUGACUGUCCUUGGCUAUGUUGCAAAGCUUGUACUGGGUGUUGUUGGGUUAAUUGUUUCAGUGGCAUGGCUUGCUCAUAUCGUGAUAUAUUUGUUGAUAGACCCUCCUCUUUCCCCUUUUUUAAAUGAAGUCUUCAUCAAACUAGAUGAUCUCUGGGGGCUGCUAGGUACUGUAGCAUUUGCUUUUUUCUGUUUCUACCUCCUGAUGGCAGUUGUAGCUGGAGCAAUGAUGCUUGGUUUGAGAUUAGUUUUCAUCACCAUUCACCCAAUGAAGUGGGGAGCAACCCUGAUGAACUCCUUUCUCUUCAAUGUGGGACUUAUACUUCUUUGCUCUAUCAGUGUGAUCCAGUUUUGCGCCACAGCAUUUGGUUCCUAUGCGCAAGCAACUGCUGCUCAGGAAAUAUUUGGCCAUACUCUGCAAUCUCUUCGUGGAAUCAAAUAUCUUUUUAAGUACAAUAUCUUCCCCUACGCCUUUGUCAUUUUGGCCGCGAUCACUUUCCUAUACUAUCUGACAUUUGGCUGGAGGAAGAAGAAGCCAAACGCUCGGUUCCAAUUAUCCAGCUGAUCUUUUUCCAGGUUACACUCCCUUUUGCAUUGUCCGUGUUCUUGAAAGCUUAAUUGCACAUAGAUCUUCAUGGCAUCGAAAACUACGAUAACGAUCUCUUGUGGUGGAUGCAGAAAUUUAUUUUUCCGUUUGAGUUCUGAUGUAUUUUAUAAUUUUUUUGAAUCUGCUGGUCUUGUAAUCUGUUUUGUCUCUUAGUGUCUAAUGCUUUGCUUGUAAUGAGUUCAUUUUCCGGUGUGUGUAUUUGCUAAGUACUGUACGUGGAAUCACAGGCUGAACUAAGAGAACAUCGUAGUUUUAAAAUUUUAUACCUUGACAAAUUUAACAUCAGCGGGCUUUAUUGUUUGUUUUGAGCAAAUUUUUAUAAUAUUAUUUUUCACACAA